UGACAUUUGUACCCUCGUUCUUUUGCACUUUUUCCAUCGUCGGUUGCUUAUAAAGCACAAAACCCUAAUUUCGUCUUCAAUCUACCUGACCAGACCAGCCUCCGGUGCCUGCUGCUCGCGUUCGCUUGAGGUGAUGGCUCCAAAACAGCCUAAUACUGGCCUCUUUGUUGGGUUGAACAAAGGCCAUGUUGUGACAAAGAAGGAAUUGGCUCCACGCCCUUCAGAUCGCAAAGGAAAAACCAGCAAGAGGGUCCACUUUGUGAGAAGCUUGAUCCAUGAAGUUGCUGGUUUUGCACCAUAUGAGAAGAGAAUAACUGAGCUCUUGAAGGUUGGUAAGGACAAGCGUGCCUUGAAGGUAGCCAAAAGAAAGCUGGGAACACACAAGAGGGCAAAAAAGAAGAGAGAAGAGAUGUCCAAUGUUCUCCGCAAGAUGAGGGCUGCUGGAGGAGGUGAGAAGAAGAAGUAAAUGCAUACUGCAAGGCACUUGACUUCUCGGGGCUAGUUACUUAAUCUUGCUGUUGGAAGCUGAGUAAUUAGUGGAGCUUAUUUUGCUUGAUGCGGUGUUUUUCUUUGGUUUGAGACUGGAUCCACUUUCAGAAUGGUGUAAUUUCUUGAAUUAGGGAUGGCAAUUGCCUUAAUCAAUUGAAGUUUUUUCUUA